AUGUCUGGGGGCUUUGUGGUCGCUGGCUCCCUCGGGACUGCAGACUAUGUGGUUUUUGCCCUCAUGCUGGUGGUCUCUGCUGGGAUCGGGUUCUACUUCGCCUGGGUCAGCAGAGGAAGAGGAAGCUCCAGGGAGUUUCUGACAGGCGGGCGGACGCUGACAGCCCUGCCUGUGUCUCUGUCUCUGACUGCCAGCUUCUUGUCAUCCAUCACUGUGCUGUCCAACCCUGCUGAUGUGUACUGCUUCGGCGCCAUCUUUGUUUUUUUCGUAAUAUCCUAUACACUGUCAGUGAUGGUCGUAUCUGAGGUUUUUCUCCCAGUCUCUUACAGACUGGAAAUCACCAGUAUUUAUGAGUAUCUGGAGCUGCGUUUCAACAGAGCGACCCGUCUGCAUGCUACUGUCCUCUGUAUUGUUCAGACAAUCCUCACUUGUGGAAUCGUCAUUUAUGGCCCAGCUCUAGCUUUGAGUCAAGUAAUUGGUCUAAAUCUGUGGGGUGGAAUUAUUUCAACAGGAGCUGUCUGUACUCUUUACUGCACAUUGGGUGGGUUGAAGGCCGUGGUGUGGACCGAUGUGUUUCAGAUGGGAAUCAUGCUAGCAGGAUACCUGUCUGUGGUUGUCAAAGCCGUGAUCUUACAAGGCGGAGUGUCAACCAUUAUUUCAGAUGCACAACAAGGAGGGAGACUCAACUUUUGGGACUUUGACAUGAACCCUUUCAGGAGGCACACGUUCUGGACCGUGUCCAUCGGAGGAACAAUAGCCUGGAUUGUUGUUCUUGGGACCAACCAGGCCCAGACUCAGAGAUGUGUCUCCUGCAAAAGCAUCACUCAUGCCAGAGUAGCUCUGUUUAUCUUCCUGUUGGGUCUUUGCCUUUUUCUGACGUCUUCAGUUUUUGCAGGACUGUGCCUCUACUCAGUCUUUCAGGACUGUGACCCGUGGACUUCUGGACUCGUUUCUACACCUGAUCAGUUGAUCCCAUAUCUGGUCAUGGGCACCUUGACCAGCCAUCCCGGUCUUCCUGGACUAUUCCUCGCUGCAGUAUACAGCGGCGCUCUCAGCACCGUGUCGUCUGGCAUCAAUGCUCUAGCGACGGUCACACUAGAGGAUCUGAUCAAACCGUACACUAACCUGUCUGAGAAACACCUGGUCUGGAUGUCCAAGGGACUGAGUUUUUUCUAUGGAGUUUUGUGUAUGUCCUUUGCUGGGCUGGCCUCAGUCAUGGGAGGGAUGAUGCAGGCCGGUGUCAUUGUCAGUGGUGUUCUUCAAGGACCCGUGCUUGGUGCUUUCACAUUGGGUAUCCUCUUCAGUUUUACCAAUUCCAAAGGAGCUUUGUCAGGUCUUGUGUUGGGACUGGUUGCGUCCUUGUGUGUGGGUGUUGGGUAUAUAAUCUCCCCUCCCCCUCUAUCCAUGACCCGACCUCUUCCUCUGUCCACUGAAGGUUGUAACGUAAGCGCUACAGAAAGCUUUUAUACCUCCACUGUUCCCCCAACAGAACCAAGCUUCAGCGUGACUACACUGAACGGUGGUGAUGGACACCUCCAGGAAGCAGAGUGGAACUCUCCCUCCUAUCUCUACUUCAGCCUCAUUGGAGCGGUCACAUCUGUCAGCGUGGGGCUGGUAGUCAGCCUGCUUACAGGAGGUCUGAGGCAGAGGGCUGAAUCCAGGCUGACAUUAUUGAAGGAAGACACCGUUUCCUAUCACCUCUUCAAGCUUUUCACAGACAGAGUCAGAAGAAGAAAAGAUGGAGUCUACUCAGAAAAUAAUUCUGAGACAAAACCAGGCAGCAUAAAUCCUGCUUUCUGUGACACUGAGAUGGACUUUAAAAGCAGUAUGUCUGGGUAAUUUAUCACAUUUUUACUGCUGUGAUUGAGGAUAUUUCUGCCUGUUUGUCAUGUGAUGCUCAGUGAUGGAAGCAUUAGACAGUGGUUUAUAACAUUUAAAUAAUAGUGA